AUGACGGGCAACAAAGUCCUCGUCGUCCUAGGAAGUGGCCCAGGCAUAGGCGUUGCAACCGGCGCUCUCUUCGCCUCGAAGGGCUUUGACGUCGCCUUACUCUCUCGCAACGCCGAACGCUUGAACCAAGAUGUCGCCCGGGUCCGAGAGGCAAACCCCGGCGUCAAAGUACAAGCAUACCCCGUCGACCUCGGCGAUCACAACGCCCUAUCAUCGGUCCUAGGGAAAGUAGAGACAGACUUCGGGCCUCCUGAAGUGGUGUAUUACAACGCCGCGAGAGUCGCGCCCUCAAAGAUCGGGCAGACCGGUGCGGAGUUCGUGUUGGAGGACUUCAAGAGCAUGACCCUUGGUCUCUGGGUGGCAGCAUCAUGGGCACUACCGCAUCUGAUGGCAGCAGCUGAAAAGGCAAACUCUCACCCGUCGUUCCUCUUCACGAACAGUGGAUUGUGGGAUCGUCCGCUGGCAGACUUUGCUUCGCUGUCGUUGCAAAAGGCCGCGCAGUAUAAUCUCCUGUUGAGUCUCAAGCAGAUGGCGGAGCCUCAGGGCGUCCACGUGGCAGGGGUCAACAUUGGAGGUCUGGUCAGUGAGGGAGAUGCCGUCAUGAACCCGGGGAACAUCGCGCAGGCUUUGUUUGAGCUGUACCGGCAAGACAAGCCUAACUGGCAAUGGGAGAGCAAAGUUGGCGACUGGGAUGAGUUUCUUAGGAAGAUAGGGGUCCAAUAG